GCUACCGCCCUACGCGACGACGUACUACCUACGUAACUGACGGGCCGGUCAAAGAAAACUUCGGCUGGGAUCGUUGAAAGAAAAAGCGCGAAAAACUCCGAGGCUAGUCGCACUUAUUCGGCGUUCCGACCCCAAAUCCGUCGAUAAGCCGUUGAUGUAUGUCUCUGACUAAAGGCUUUAGGUAGGUACACAUGUAAUUUAUGCAAAAUCAAACUAGAAGAGCACUAGAGAGACCCAUUGAGAUCCGGUACCUCAUGUUAUUUAACUCUUAUUUGACAAGCCACCACAAGCCUGGCGGAUCGGUACCCGUAAAUACCCUUGCUAGGAAAGCCCCUGGAACGGGUCGGGAGAAGUAAGCUUAUCUUCCUUCUCGAACUGCCCUUUAUUAAUCCUUACAAAUGCUUCAGGCCCGUUCAGUUGUGAAGGUACGUAUUUAUGGUCCAAGAUUAUGUGAUCUCUUUGCCAUCUGAUGAGGGUGGGAUGGCCCCGUCAAUUUAGUCCCUUGAGGCUCUAGAAUUCUUGUCGAGUUCUUAUUCUCACAUCGAGACUUGCGGCGUAGAUUCCUUCCUACCCAGCCGAUCUAUCUGCUUUCUUGAUUCUUCCGCCGUUUUCGAGCGCCAGGGUCGCUGAUCGCUAUAUUGAACGAAUAUGGGCGUCGACGAUGAGCACCAGGCCGUGCCCGGCGAUGGUAUCGUAAGCUCAGGGGCUUCCAGCGUCACUGAGGUUCCCCUGAGAAGUCAUGGCAGCUUCUGGACGGAGGGAUCACCGGACUCGCCGGGUGUGCCGCCGUUAUCUGCCGGCUCCUUGAUAAUGAGUGCCGGGACGCGGACGCCUAUGCGAGAUGACACGUGGACAAGUAGCGACGAGAAGGACGGUGCUGAGGGUAUCGAAGGGGAGAGUGAAGAGAACGAGGAGAACGAGGAGAGCGAGGAGAAUGGGAGACGUAUUAAGGGUCGGAGCCUGACUAGAUCCGAUACUAACAUAUCCAUCGCCGAAACGCUUCCCUUUUCCCAAGAAGCUCUUUUCGUUAUGGUCAUCUGCUCAGCGCAGCUUUUUACGCAGGCUGGCCUCGGUCAAGUGAUAAGUAUUAUCCAGACGAUCGGCAAUAGUUUCGGCAUCACGAAUCCCGGAGAGCUGAGCUGGUUCAUAGCCGGAUACAGCUUGACUAUAGGAACGUUCAUAUUAUUCUCGGGGAGGCUUGGAGACUUGUAUGGUCAUAAGACCAUGUUCCUGAUCGGCAUGGGUUGGUAUUCCAUCUGGAGCGUCAUCUGCGGGCUUGCCAUCUACUCGAAUCACGUCCUCUUUAUCUUCGCCCGUGUCUUCCAAGGAAUCGGUCCCGCUAUCAUCCUCCCGAACGGAUUGGCCAUUUUCGGUGUUACCUACGCUCCCGGACGACGGAAGGAGAUGGUCUUCGCGCUCUUCGGCGCUAUGGCCCCGAUAGGAUCUGUCCUCGGCUCGCUAUUUGCCAGUAUAUUUGCCCUAGCUUGGUGGCCUUGGGCCUUCUGGGCAUUUGGUAUUGUCCUCGCCGCGACCUUGGUCAUAGGAUACUACGCCAUCCCGGAAGCUUCGAAUGCGCACCACCACGAGAAACCGAAAGGCUUACAGGACACGCUACAGCAGCUCGACAUGGUAGGAACAGUUAUCGGCGUGGCUGGUCUCGUCUUGGUCAACUUCGCGUGGAAUCAGGCCCCUAUUGUGGGCUGGCCUGAACCUUAUGUCUACGUGACACUGAUCCUCGGGUUGCUGCUCCUGGGCACGUUCUUCGUGUACGAGUUGAAUUAUGCGCAAAACCCCUUGAUCCCUUUCCACGCACUCUCUUUCGAUGUAUCGUUCGUCUUGGGUGCCAUAGUGUGUGGUUGGUCUUGUUUCGGGAUCUGGUUCUUCUACACUUGGCAGUUCCAGCUCAACCUUCGACACGAUCCCCCCCUAUUAGCGACAGCCAAGUUUGCUCCAGCAGCUCUCUCGGGAUUGUGCGCGGCGCUCUUCACCGGCUACUCGUUGCAUCGUCUGCGGCCGCCGGUAGUCAUGACCAUGGCCCUCGUUUUCUUCACGAUAGGCAUAACCAUCAUCGCUACUUGCCCCGUCGAGCAAAUCUAUUGGGCCCAGCUUUUCGUCUCAAUUGUCGUUAUGCCUUGGGGUAUGGAUAUGAGCUUUCCGGCAGCAACGCUUAUUCUGUCCGACGCCGUGCACCGAAAGCACCAGGGAAUCGCCGCGAGCUUGGUCAACACGGUGGUAAAUUACAGCAUCUCGCUGGGCUUAGGUUUCGCCGGAACAGUCGAGACGCAGGUCAACAAUGGAGGAGGUAAUCCAGCUGAUGUACUCAAAGGUUACCGGGGGGCGUUCUAUAUGGGCAUUGGUCUUGCAGGACUAGGUGUGGCUGUAUGCCUUGCUUUUAUCGCUAAAAGCAGGAAGCACAAGAAGGCUAGCAGUCAAGAAGAGGCCUGAAAGUCUUUUCUGGUCGCAGCAACAUUGCUCUAGGCUCUAGGUCUUAUAUUUCGGCUUAAAUGUCUUACCGGUCCUUGAUGGGACGUUCGAAUCCUACAAGAUGCCGGUUGUCAACCAUGCCUUAGCGAGGGCCGCGUCAUCCUUGCUUGUCCGAGCACACGAUGUCAGUGGCCGAAACAAGGAUAGACAAGCAAAGAGCAAGUCUAGGUUCAGUAUGAGUAAUGGAUUUUGAAAAGGGAAACUUGCAUUUGGGAUGAUACCACACUUUUCAUUUAGCGGUGUGUUCGUCUAUGGCAUAGAGACGAGAACAUUGAAUUACUGCAGGCUGCGGGGUACAUGGGCGGGAGGAUCAAUCAUUCGAGUCGAGGGAUAGAUUAGAGCGGGCAUUCGUUCAUCUGUAUGUAUUAUGGUUUUGUAUAAUACUCUUUCAGGCCGAAUUAGGAAAUGAUUCUAAAGAUCAGGUAAAUAAAGAUCAGGUAAAUAAAGAUCAGGUAAAUAAAGAUCAGGUAAAU